AUGGUGGGACUGCUUUCGAACAAAACCCAAAAGGACAAACUAAAGCUUGGCGAUCACAUCUACUCUUGGAGACACUCGUAUAUCUACGCUCAUCAUGGAAUAUAUGUCGGGAACGGAAAUGUGAUCCAUUUCACUCGGGGACCGGGACAGGAAAUCGGGACGGGAACUGUGUUAGAUCGUUUCAUUUUCAGCUCGUCUCUUUCCAAUACCUCCAAGCCCCCAUGCCCGAUAUGUGGUGACCAGUCAAAAUCUGAUGGUGUCAUCUCUUCUUGCCUCGACUGUUUUCUUUAUGGUGGUGAACUAUAUCUGUUUCAGUAUGGUGUCUCUCCUGCAAUGUUUCUUGCCAAAGCUCGUGGCGGAACAUGUACUCUUGCCCCUUCUGAUCCGCCUGGAGCUGUCCUUCACCGUGCUGAAUAUCUUCUUCAGAAUGGUUUUGGCGCCUACAAUAUUUUCAAGAACAAUUGUGAGGAUCUUGCAAUAUACUGUAAAACUGGUUUAAUUGUCUUCACAAAAAUUAGUGUCGGCCGGAGUGGGCAGGCAGCUUCUUUUUUAGCUGCUGCUGGUGCCAUUGUCCCAUCACCACUUCGCUUUUUAACUACUAGCUCUCCCGGUCUUAUAGCAGUGGGAUAUGGCAUUUAUUGUAUUACCCGAGUUAUGUCCGAUAUUGGAGUACGAGGUGAUGUCGGGAGAAUCCCUGUUGAAAGGCUUGUUUCCGAAGCAGCAACUGAGACCCCGAAGGAAGAUUAA